AUGUCUUUAGACUUGGAAAAACACCUGACCUUUUAUGGUGCAUACCACCAUAAUACCGUCAACAUCGGCAUCCACAUGGCAUGUGUGCCCAUCAUCUUGUUUUCCGGAUUUUGCCUUGCCACCAACACAGGAACUCUCAUUCCACUCCCUAGCUGGCUCACCGUCCCUAAUCUAGAUCUUAACUUGGGGACACUGGCAGCCCUGACUUGGGGUGGUCUGUAUGUUCUUCUCGAACCUGUUGCCGGCACGCUCCUGGCCGUCAUUUGCUUGGCCGCCACUGCCGCUGGCAACCACUUCAGGGUUGAGAACCCUACCUUGACCAACCAGGCCGCCAUCGGCAUCCACAUCGCCUGCUGGAUCUUCCAGUUUAUCGGGCACGGCGCCUUCGAGGGGCGCGCGCCGGCGCUGUUGGACAACCUGGUUCAGGCUGUCUUCCUGGCCCCUCUCUUUGUUUGGCUUGAGUUCCUGUUCAAGCUCGGGUACCGUCAGGAGCUCAAGGGCCGCGUUGACAAGGCCGUCGAGAAGGAGAUUGCCAAGUUCAGAGCCUCCAAGGCGAACGGCGACGCCAAGAACGGAAAGGCCCAAUGA